AUUGCACAAUAGUGAAACCACUAGAAGGGUUGCGGUCAAAGAAGUUUAACGACCUCCUGGCUAAGACAAGCCUUUUUUUCUCGUGAUCAUGGGUGUGCCACAGCUCGUUUUCUAAGAGUGAGCUACGUGAUCUGAAGUCGCACGAAACUGGACUGAAAACGUUCUGUCUUGUUAAUUUUAUUCUCGAAACAUUAAGUGAUCCCUUUCUCCACGCUUACACAACUCAAAGAUUUGAAAACAUAUCACAGUCAAGGACUGCCUGUAGUGCACAGUGCUGACUCCAAACAGAUCAGUAAAGAUGACUGAUGUGCUCCAGAAAAUGGUUGCCGACAAAAAGGAUGUCGUGGAAACAGUGAUGGAGGCACUUGAGCAAGGAGCAGAGGUGGUGGCCAGCAUCGCUGGAGACCUCUUCCCUGUAUUCUCCAUAGCGGCACCCAUUGUGAAACUUGCGCUAGACAACGUGGAUAGCAAAGAAGCGGCAUACAUGAAGGAGCAGUUUCAGAAGGUCCGGGAUCGGCUAGAGAUCAUGUCAGAGGAGGUUCAGCGCAUCAACGAGGAGAUUAAGAAGAGUGGGGCAGAUGCCACUUACUUUUCAGUAGAGGAGAAUCUGACAAACCAGUUUCGCAAGUACAUGGACAUCCUCAAUGCCAAACCAAAAUUCCAAGAAGCCAAGAAAAAGCAGUUUCUGGAACACUUUAGCAAGAGCGGAGGUGACAAAAAUCUUCACACACUAUACGAUGCAGUGACGGGAGAAAAUUUCUCUGGAGAGUCCGUGCUGGAGAUCACACUAAACUAUGUGCAGAAGAGUCGUAGAGCAGUGGAGGACUUCUGUUCAAGGCUGAAGCAUCUGUUCUGCAUAGGCCUCAUUGCCUUGAUGGGACAUGCAGCACUGAAAGGUGGUGAAGAUGAGGAGAAGCUGCUUCAAGAAUGGCAAGAAAGGAUGAAGAUCGUGCAGUCAAAAAUUAACAUUGUCAUUGAGGACUGCAUCAACAGCUUCCCAAGUCAGGCAGAGCUUGAUAUGAAGAGGCUGGUGAGGGACAGUACAAACAAGACCAACCAACAGCUUGCUGAUAUGAUUGUGGAGAACCUAAAGAAGAAGUAUGACUGGGUGGGCUGGUCAGUCCACGUCUUUUACUCACCUUCACGCUACUUCGGCUUUGCCAGCAAGGACUUUUACUGCAGUACAGGAAAAAGCAGGUUUCUGGUGCCUGCACCAAAUGAUCUAAAUAUUGUGGUUUCCUACAGUGCUUCCCCUGAACCUCUAGACAAAGCGCAGAUCCAGCAGCUUGUCCAGGCUGAGAAGAAACCCACAGUUCCAGGGGUUGCAGAACUCCUAUUCGAUAAGCUCCCUUUAUGUGUGGUUCAUACAGUCAAGACCAAAUGCAAAGAAGUUGCCUAUUCCUGGACGUUUACAGAUGAGCUUCACUACUUUGAGGAAUGCAAGAACUUCUACCUCUUUGUUCAUUCUGCCUAGGUCAUGUGACCAAAAUACACCAGAUAUCACAGGUUGUUUUUAAGUAGAUUCAGUGACUAGCAUAUUUUCAGAUCUUAAAAGGAAUAUAGUUUGAUGGUUUAUAAAUGUUUUCCCAAGAGUCCUUCAAAGUAUACUCAGUGAAACAAUGUUUGGAAGUAAGGAUUAAUUUUUAAAAAGCUGACUAACAGAAUAACACAUUGUAAAAAUUUCCUUAUCCUCAAUGUUGGGGGUCAUGGAUUGAUUACAUUCUUUGAUGAAAGCUUUAGAUUUGCUAAAUGUGCACUGCAUUUUUCAUUGUUUGGAACAUUUUUAAUAAUCGUGGAAAAUGACUGUGUAGUCUGAUGAAUACUACUUUAUGCUUGAUCACAUCACUCUUUUUAAAGUCACAUAUGAAAGUCAUAUGUGAAAUGAAAAGUAAUUGUCUCCAAUGCAACUGAAGUGCCACUAUUUUGCCAUCAUUUUUAAUUGUUGAUCUUUUAAUUUUUUAUUUUUUUAGCUUUGUUUCCUAACUGCAAUUGUGGUGACAUAAAAACUUACCUUACAAAUCUAACCUUAAAAACUUUAAUCAAAAAGCCAAUGACCUGCUGUAUAUCUAGAGCCAUUUGCCACUGUGUGCAGAGUGGUCCUUCACAAAGAGCACACCAUGUUCAGACAGACAGACCAUGUUGAAAUAUUGCUUUUCAUCCAAACAAACCUGGGCAUGUUGUAACGCUUUGACUUUCAUGGAGAGAGCAGAAGAUAUUUAGUAUGAAUUCAUAUGGCCUGCUGGAAUGGCAGGCAGUUUGUUAAGAAGGGUAUUUUUAUUUUUUUUUUUGUUUGUCUUUCAUCAAGUCACCGUUGGUGAUUGCUACAUGUGUACACCCCGAAACGAUCUGAUUGUUUUGCACGUAUUGGUGGUUUUACUGGGUGUGACUGCAGGGUGCAUGUUAUGUCUUGCCAUAUGCUAAGAAAAGGCUAAAACAUAACCAAUUAUAUUUAAUAUCACCCAAAGCACCCAUGCCAGAUGUCUGGUUGUUAGCAUCCUAUCCUGGUAGGUAGUGUUUUAUGCUGAUGAACAGAUGCCCUUUGGCCAUUUUACAGUCUAACCAUUGGUUGAAUGAAUUACUGUCACUGCUUCCACUUUGAGACAUUGCCAACAAUGUCUGGAGCUUCUUAUGGAUAUGCACAGAUUUUUUUUUUUCAAAACUGACCAAUGAUUUCUUAAAUUAAGAGAGAAUCUGGCAAAUGUGUCUGAACAAAAUGAAGAUUUUUUUUUUUUUUGAGUCACAUUGAAUGUAUUCCAGGUGUACUAGUUUAGAGCUAAAUCCAUGAAUUGGUCAUGAGAGUUUCACAAGAAAACUCAUGAGCUAGCUAAGCAGCUAUUAGUGGUUUACUAGCUAAUUCCAGUGAGAAAUUCACAAGAAGCCCUAUCAGUUAUUGGAACAUGUCAGACAUUUUAGCAGUUAUUAAAGCUCCACUGAAAGUUCAGGUGAAUAUGAAACAUAGAUACUGAUUUUGGUGGGAAUCUAGACAACUCUGAAGUGCACCAUCACUAUUUGACACAAGAUAAAUAAUCACUUUCAAACACUUGUUCUUUUUUUCCUCUCUCUCUAUUAAAAUGUUUGUGAUGAAUAUCAAAAUAUCUUGUCAAAAUUAACCAUUAUGUAAAUGUUUACUUUAAAAAAAAAAACUAUUUCAUUUUAGGUUUAAAUGUUUCAAAGGUGGGUUCUUUGAGAUUGCUAGUUUAGGUGAUUCUUUUACCUAAACAAUUUCUGAUAAAUCCCACUGUAUUUCAUACAAAGUCUGCCUGCUUUGCACAUAUUUUCCAAUUAAAAUCUUUCUCCUAUA